GGGUGACAGCAUGGACUCACGCUGCUGGGAAAGUAAUGACCGACACAGAACAUCCAAACAGAGGCAACUUUUACCUGAAGAGGACACCUGCACAGGAGAGGAGGGACGGGGGGCGGUUCAACCUUGAUGCUGUGAACAAGGAGGGUCGGUAGAUAUUUUAAUAACACGGACUUUUGGACAGGGUCGUGACUUUGUUUUUACUCGGUCCCACAGAAGUGGUAUCCUUUUAUGGGCUCGCGACUCAUAAGGAGCAUGAGCUCGGCGGACAGGUGCGCUCGCGGGUUAAUUAAUGGCUGCGUCUUGUUAUGUUUGUCUGAAUGCGUUGGGAAAUAUUAGAUAUUAGUUUAAAAUUAUAAUAAAAAAUGGAGGACAAGCAUUUUUCGGCGUGUGGAAGUCAGUCGUCGUCGGGUUCGCACACCUUGUCCGAGGGAGAGGAGGAAGAAAUGACGGCUGUGCUGCACGUCAAAGUUCCCGGAGAUGGAGAUGAGGGUCUCAACUCGGACCUGGAAGGCGGCAACGACGGCAGAAGCACGGAGUACGAGAAGGAGCCACCAGGGGAUGGAGAAAGUGAUGAAGACGAAGACGAAAAGUUGGACAACAUCCUCUACCCUCCCUCCACAUCCCUCAGGAAGUCCAGUAACCCCGAGCUGACUCAUGGAUUGAAUCCUGCUCUCAAAUUUAGGCGACAUCUCAGUGACGAUGGAAAAUAUGUCCGAAGAAGGAGCCUAGGGGGUGGUCUCACAGGAAAGUACCUUCUGCUACCCACCAACCACCAGCAGACGCAGACAGCAUUGCAGCCGGCAACUGAGAUCUCUAACCUGAUCCGUAUGCGUUCCCUGAACCUGGGAAAGUCAGACCCCUCCCUCACCUCCAGCCCGAAAGAGCUGAGUCUACCGAGAAGAGGCAGUUUCCUCACUCCCCGAAGCUUGAGCCCUACUCCCACUAGUCCCUGCAGUCCGUGCAGCCCGCUGCACGCUUUUCAUUUUUGGAGCUGCAGAACCAGCAACAGAAAAAGCCUGAUAGGAAGCGGUCAGUCUUCAGGUUUACCCCGACCUCACUCCCCUCUCUCAUCUCUCACAGGAACAAGCCCACAAGACAGUCCUAGAAAUUUCUCUCCCAGUGCCUCUGCUCAUUUCUCCUUUGCACGAAGUCAUUGCCACAGAGCAGACAGGACUGAUGGUCGCCGCUGGUCGUUGGCCUCCCUUCCCUCCUCUGGAUAUGGAACCAACACUCCCAGCUCCACUGUCUCUUCAUCCUGUUCAUCACAGGAGAAGCUGCACCAGCUGCCCUUCCAGCCUACGCCUGAUGAACUGCAUUUCCUCUCCAAGCACUUCUGCACUGAGAGCAUCUCUGGGGAUGAAUGCCGCAGAGCGACGGCCAUGCGACCACGCUCACGCAGUCUCAGCCCUGGAAGAUCUCCAUCAUGUUACGACCAUGAGAUUAUUAUGAUGAAUCACGUCUACAAGGAGCGGUUUCCUAAGGCCACAGCUCAGAUGGAGGAAAGGAUCCAGGACAUCAUCCGCAGCAACUCUCCAGAGAGCGUCCUCCCUUUGGCAGAUGGUGUGCUCGGCUUUGCCCACCACCAGAUAAUUGAACUGGCCCGUGACUGUCUGGAGAAGAGCCGGCUAGGACUCAUCACCUCCAGCUACUUCUGCGAGCUCACUGACAAGCUGGAGAGGCUCGUUCAGGAGUCCACAGAGAGAUCAGAGAGCGAGGAGGUGAACUUCAUCAGAGAGCUAGUGAAGAAGAUACUCAUCAUCAUAGCUCGUCCUGCUCGACUGCUGGAAUGUCUGGAGUUUGACCCAGAGGAAUUUUAUCACCUUUUGGAGGCUGCUGAAGGACACGCUAAAGAGGGCCAGGGCAUCAAAACGGACAUCCCUCGUUACAUCAUCAGCCAGCUGGGACUCACAAGAGAUCCUCUGGAAGAAAUAGCUCAGCUGACCAGCUGUGACAGCGGGAUUGCAGAAACCCCAGAAACAGAUGACUCUUCUCAGAGCCUCAGCACAGCCUUGCGGUCCCGGCGUAAACCCUGUGAAUUGGACUUUGAGAUGACAAAACUCAUCAGCAAUGGUGCCUAUGGAGCUGUUUAUCUUGUUCGGCACAAGGAAACGAAGCAGCGUUUUGCCAUGAAAAAGAUCAACAAGCAGAACCUGAUUUUGAGGAAUCAGAUACAGCAGGCCUUUGUGGAAAGAGACAUCCUCACCUUCGCUGAGAACCCUUUUGUGGUGUCCAUGUACUGCUCCUUUGAGACGCGGCGGCACCUGUGCAUGGUCAUGGAAUACGUUGAAGGUGGAGACUGUGCCACCCUUUUGAAGAACAUGGGUCCUCUGCCUGUGGAUAUGGCCAGGAUGUACUUUGCAGAGACAGUACUCGCUCUGGAGUAUCUCCACAACUAUGGCAUCGUCCACAGGGACCUCAAACCAGACAAUCUGCUGGUUACGUCAAUGGGACACAUUAAGCUGACAGAUUUUGGGUUGUCGAAAGUCGGGCUGAUGAACAUGACCACUAACCUGUACGAGGGCCAUAUAGAGAAAGAUGCCAGGGAGUUCUCUGAUAAGCAGGUGUGUGGAACCCCAGAGUACAUUGCACCGGAGGUGAUCCUGAGACAAGGCUAUGGGAAGCCGGUGGACUGGUGGGCUAUGGGCAUCAUCCUGUACGAGUUCCUUGUCGGCUGUGUGCCUUUUUUUGGAGACACACCAGAGGAGCUGUUCGGUCAGGUCAUCAGUGAUGAGAUCAACUGGCCUGAGGGAGAGGAUGCCCCACCUCCUGACUCUCAGGAGCUCAUCACCUUGCUGCUCAGACAGAAUCCUCUGGAAAGGAUGGGCACAGGUGGAGCUGCUGAAGUGAAGCAGCAUCAGUUUUUCCACAACCUGGACUGGAACAGCCUGCUGAGGCAAAAGGCUGAGUUUAUUCCUCAGCUGGAGUCCGAAGAUGACACCAGUUACUUUGACACCCGCUCUGAGAGAUACCAUCACCUGGAGACAGAGGAAGAGGAUACGAAUGAUGAAGACUUCAAUGUGGAGCUGCGGCAGUUCUCGUCCUGUUCUCACAGAUUCUCUAAGGUUUACAGCAGCCUGGAUUUGUCCCGUGGGCACCUGGAGGAGAAGGGAGAGACGGAGGGGAAGAAGAGUGAGAGCCCACUGACUGUUGACUCUCUCAGCUGGACGCCAGACUUUGCUGAAAUGCCAUCGCUGUCCCACUCGAUAGACACAGACAGUGUGAAUCAGGGCCCUCGCCCCAACUUGUUACCAAAGUUUGCCAUCUCAGCAGAGAGUGAAGGAGACGAGACCUCAGGCCUCGGUGACCCCAGCAAGACCUCCUUCUCAAUCGGAGAGCUCCCGCAGGAUGAGCCUGACGCUACCACUCCAGGCAGCACCCACAGUGGAGCCACGCUCUCUGGAAGUUUCUCAGAACAUCUGGACCAAUUGACACCCAGAGGUGAGGGGUUGGAGAGCCCUGACAGUACCAGUCACACAUCCGCAGACCAGGGCCCUCAGACCAACUCUCUGCGGCCUGAGAGUGCCAUGGAGAAGACCGGAGCUGUGGCAAAAGUCCCAAAGUCGGUCUCAACUGGCGCCCUGUCCCUUAUGAUCCCUGGGGAUAUCUUCGGGGUGUCUCCACUGGCCAGCCCCCUGUCUCCCUACUCCCUCUCCUCAGACCCUUCCUCAAGAGACUCCUCUCCAAGCAGAGACUCCUCCCUCUGCAACGCCAACCCGCGGCAGCCUGUCAUCAUCCACAGCUCAGGGAAGAAGUUUGGCUUCACGCUGAGGGCAAUCCGGGUGUACGCUUGUGAUGGUGACAUCUACACUGUCUACCACAUGGUCUGGAACGUAGAAGAAGGUGGACCUGCACAUAAAGCAGGACUCAAAGCUGGAGACCUCAUCACUCAUGUGAAUGGAGAAGCAGUUCACGGUCUGGUCCACACUGAAGUGGUGGAGCUCCUGCUCAAGAGUGGUAGCAAAGUGGCCAUCUCCACAACCCCCUUUGAAAAUACUUCAAUAAAAACUGGUCCAGCGAGGAGGAACAGCUACAGGAGCAAGAUGGUCAGAUGUGCCAAAAAGCCCAAGAAGGAGAGGACACCAGAAAGGCGACGCUCCCUUUUCAGGCGUUUUGCCAUGCAGCCCUCUCCUCUCCUGCAUACAAGCCGCAGUUUCUCCUCUCUGAACCACUCCCUGUCAUCUGGUGAGAGUCUCCCUGGCUCCCCUACCCACAGUCUCUCCCCUCGUUCCCCUACCGCCGCCUUCCGCCCCACACCAGAUUUCACCCAGUCAGGUGGCAACUCCUCCCAGAGUAGCUCCCCCAGCUCCAGUGCUCCAAACUCCCCCGCAGGCUCAGGCCACAUCCGUCCCAGCACUCUCCACGGCCUCGGCCCCAAGCUGCCAGGUCAAAGGCUUCGUCAAGGGAGGCGCAAGUCUGCCGGUAGCAUUCCCCUUUCUCCUUUGGCUCGCACACCUUCACCUACCCCCCAGCCAACAUCUCCCCAGCGCUCACCCUCUCCCCUUCUUAGUGGCCACUCUGUUGCCAUUUCCAAGACGACACAAGCCUUCCCAGCCAAGAUACAUUCCCCACCAACAAUUGUACGUCAUAUUGUGCGCCCCAAAAGUGCUGAGCCACCUCGCUCACCCCUCCUGAAACGUGUCCAGUCUGAGGAGAAGCUUUCCCCCUCUUACACAGGAGAUAAGAAGCACCUGUGUCCCAGAAAACACAGCCUGGAAGUGACCCAAGAGGAGGUGCAGGAUGAGGAACUGAGGACUGGGGAUUACACCGUCUUGCAGAGUGUGGAAGAAAUGGCCUGCGAGCCCCCGUCAAUCACCCGUGUACGGCCUGUUGAACAGGGCUGCUUAAAGCGACCCGUCGGUCGCAAGAUGGGCCGGCAGGAGUCUGUUGAGGAGCUCGACAAGGAAAAGCUGAAGUCCAAGAUGGUUGUGAAGAGACAGGACUGGUCAGAGAGGAGGGAGUCUCUACAGAAGCAAGAUGCCCUGCGUGAACCUGAUUCAUCCUCCCUGUGUGCUGAUGACAGGGAUGACAGUUUUCUGGCCAGAAGCCAAAACAAAAGCAGCCCAGACUCUGGCCCUCUGGAGGCCAAAGCUGCCAGCACAACCCUUAAAGAUGUGCUGUAUAAGAAACUCACCACACGUGUCUCUGAGGGCAUCGCUGAAACGCCUGGUGGCAGCGGGGAAAGUGAGGGGGGACUCAGAUCAACUCUCUGCUCUAGUCACCCAGAGUGGCAGCACUCCAGACAGGGUAAAGAUAACAUGAAGCCAGACAGAUUGGACUUCAAAGCUCCCAACAUUGAGUUCACCAGGAAGCGGCUGUCAUUUGAAGAACGAGAAGACUGCAUGUGUCGGUGCUCUUCCGGCAUCCACGAGAACCUGCACUUUGGCUCCACCAGGUCUAAGAGCCUCCAGCUGGACACGGCCAUGUCUCAUGACCACAUGAAGGCAGGACUGGGAAGUGUUCACUCCAGCCCCGAAGGUCUGGCCCCCAAGCUUUUCUCCGGCAGAGAAGGGAGCGCUGUGGAAAAACUGCAGCUCAUCUCUUCUGCAGAGUCUUCACUUCGAAAGACGUCAUCUGAAUAUAAACUGGAAGGACGUCAUGUCUCCUCUCUCAGACCUCUGGAGGGAACUCUGGAUAUUGGUCUGCUCUCAGGGCCCAGAGUCUCCAAAACAGAAACCUGUUUAUCUAAGAUGGCAGAGAACACAAGCGACACUGUCUCUGUGAGUCCUCCAAUUUGGCUCCAGACCCCUACUGAGAGACAGAUAACCAUCCCCCAACUGAAAACCACAGACAAGAUGAAGAGCCCCCUGACUUGUUCCGCGAGCCCUGAAGCUAUUUCUUCUCUAAACAGCAUAGUUGCCUCCAAAGACCAAUCAAAUAAUGCUGCCACAGAGGUGAAAAUCAGCACUAGUGGUGAGAAAACGCAGGAUAGACAUGGUGAAUCAUUAAAGGCUCAAACCAGCAAAGUGGAGGCCUCAACCUUUGCUGUUAAGCAAGAAAGCAGGACUGGCAUGAAAGCCAGUCCUUCACUGGCUCAUGAACAUAGAGCCCCUCGACACAGCUCCCACUUCUCCUCCUGUGGAAAAACACCCUCCAUACGGGAAGUCAGCAACGAAGAUCAGGAGGAUGAAGUGGAGCAGCAGGAAGUCACACCACACGCUACAUCACAAAAUGCUGACAGCUCCAAGACAGUAGUCUCUUUGACUGCAGCAAAGCUGGAGGUAGACAUAAAAACUGUGGAGACUCCGGCUCCAGCUGCCAGUGGGCCAUUACCCGUGUCACUGAGGCAGAAUAUAAACUGUGGUUUGGAUACAGGUCAGCGUCAGAGCUGUGAGAAAAACACAGCUACUGCACAGAACUCAAACAUGACCUCUGUUUCUAAGGUACAGAACAACUCUGCAUCUGUACGCGCUCCAGAGAAUGUGCUUUCAAAACAGCAGCCGGCGAACAUCUGUUCUUCAAAUACGGAACCGCAGGUUUCUAUCAAAACAUCAGCAUCUGCUUCUGCACAUGAAUAUAAAACCUGCAGUUUAAAAUCCGCUGGUCAGGACUGCUCAGAAAGAUCUGUUAAUAAGGACAGUUUACAAUCUAACCGAUCAGCUGUGAAAGUGCUUGCUGAUGCAGGCAGCUCAGGCUCUAAGAAGGAAGUUAACACAUGUGUCACAGCUGCAAAAGUGGAGCAGAAGAGAGAAGUGUCUACACUAAAACCUGUCACCUUGUUAAAUAACGUUACAGAAGUCCCACUGAGUGUAAAUAAAAAGGAUAAAACUGUGUCUGUUGGUGCAAUAGAGAGUAGUAGCAUAUCGCUGCAAAAAAAAGAGGAUCCCAUAUCACCAAAGAUUAAGAAUGUGAAAGAUUCAGAGCAGCUAUCAAAAAACAAUCCAGCUGAAAAAGCACAACACAAACCACCUGAUUCAGAAUAUCGCACCUCUAAAAAAGAAGACCCUGUUAUCAGUGUGAAAGAAAACGCUGUGGUUCCUUCAGCAAAACAGAAAGGUUCAGCUUCAGCAACUGCAAAUGACAAUGUUCUGAGUCCCAAAAGCAAGUCGAGGCCUGACCCACAACCUGUAGCACACACCGCUGUGAAGACAGAGAAGGAGACAAAAACACUUGAAGUGAAAUCUCACAGUACAUCUCUUCCUGUCCCAGUACUUAAGGCCAGUCCAAAUUCAAAACAGAGAGAUCUGUCUAAAGAAUCUACGCUCUCAACUUCAAACAUUCAAGUAACCCAUGACUCCAAACGGAAAGACGCCUCAUUGCCAUCCGCCGACGUAAAGCGGGAGGAGCCGGUGCAGCUGACGCACUCUCCCACUCUCGCUGAUGUGAAGCAAAGAGAGACCCAGCCCAAAAGCUCUGUAGCAACCUCAGCUCACAUAGUGAAAGAAAGCACCAAAUCUCUCCCUCCUAAAACCGUCUCUUCAUCGUCAACCCUGAAGACUUCUGUAGCUCCAGCACCAGUUACUAAACAAAGUCCUGAUGCCAAACAUAAAGACCCCUCUCCCAAAAACCAAGCCCCAGUCAUUAAAAACCACCAUGACUCCAAACCAAAACACACUGCUUCACCUCUUACUGCACCUCAACAUCAGCUGCCGUCAGAUGUUCCCUCACAGCCCGAUCAAGCCCCGGUGCUGCCGAAACCCGCUGCGAAAAAGGAAACUCAUUCAAGCGGUGGUGGCAGAACCUCCAGCUGUGCACCCCAAGAGACUCUAGUCAAGGUAUCCAAGGAAAGCCCCAAGUCUGAAACGCUCAAACCGGACAGUCACAAGGGCCCCGAUACCAGAAACACCACCCCUGACAAACUGCUGUCCUCCAGCAAGAAGGAGCCGGCUGAGAGGAAGAAAAAAGAAACUGUUCAAGAGGUCACGUCUGCACAGAAGAACACGAAAAGAGACGCAUCCAGAGCUGCUCCUUCUGCGCCGAAAGACAGUUCAGACAAAGACACUGGCAGGAGCAAGCAGCAGAAGGAGUCACCACGCAGUUCUGGUAACAAAAAGUAAAAAAAUAACAGCCGACAUCAUCGCUUCAGAGAAUCCAAAUGUAAUAAAAUGUUAGAAAAGGUUUGUGCAAACAUCAUCAUGCCUUCUUUUUUUUGUUUUUGUUUGAGGACCGGGCAAGCUGUUACAUGCUGAUAGAGAGGUGUGUGCGUAUGUGUGUGUGUUUGUUUGUUUGUGUGUGUGGUAAAUAAGUUGACAUAUGACAACACGUACAUGUUUCUAGGUCUGAAUGUAGGCAAUCAUUUGCUGAUCAUUUCUGGUAUUUUCUGAAGUUAGUGUUUUUUCUUUUAAAGUGAAUGUGUGGAAGUUUCUGUGUAUCGCUUUUGUGCAAUCAGUAUGUCGGGGGGGGGAUCAAUAGGGUAAGUAGCCUUACAAAGGUUGUAAUGUACUGUAGAGUCAGUGCCAUAAAAGAUUUUGAAUUGCACUCUUACUUAUAGACUCGGAGGACCUGAUGUCUUUUAAUGCAGUAGACCACACGAUUCGUUGCUCAGCAGUUUGAACGGCUGUAUCACGAUUGUUUCUCUUCACUAUAAUCAGAUUCUUUUUUUAUGUUGGGUUUUGUGCAGUGGUACACAGAAGGAACGCACUGUGUCCUGUGCGUUUCAAUUAAAACUUUACAACAGCAACAAAAAAAAAAAAAUGGAAUCAUCUCACGGUUCUAGAAAUCAUAGAUUAAGGGAAGGGGCUUUAGGAUUAUGGGAAAUAAAACUUGCUGUUCUUAGCAAGGUGUGGUGUUUGUUCACAUUCCUCUGACAUCUGUACAUAUAUUUUUGAUUUUUAUGCAAUAGGGUGUAAAAAUGAUAACACUGUAAAACUGGGAUACAUGGGCUUACAUGAUUGUCGUUUGUAUUAUAUGUAUAGAUUUUGUUUGUUUGUAUGCUCAAUAUUAGAGUAUCACGUUCUGCUCGAUAACUCUGUGGUCUGAAGUAAGCUACCGUGAUGUAUCCCGUCGAAAAAGGCGUCCUCUUCUUCGUGACCUUUCACAUGUUUUCACAAAAUUAACUUGAAGAAAAGAAAAGGCAUGAGGGGGUAACUGGGCUAUUUCUAAAAAUGUAGCAUUAUAUAACAAAACUGUGAGGGGCUGUCAGCGUCUCCCAAGAAUGUCUUUAUUGUCGAUGAUGUGUUCGCUGGCUGACUACGGUUUGAAGAGUGAUGAUUGUGUAAAUUAUGAAAUACUGUGUUUGAUUAAUGAGACGAACCAGCAGUUCUGUUCAGCCAGUAAUUACUGCGGUAGAUUUCUGAAGGCUUUUGGGCAUCCUCUCCCGGCUACGUCCGUGUCUGUGCAGAGGGUCACGAGGUCAAUCGCAUGAGCAGGACGCGGACAGUGAAUCACAUGCAACUCCACAGACAUGCGUUACUGUCAGGGUUUCGAAGGAUUUCGAUGUCAGGCUUCGGUCUCAGUGUCGUUCAAGUCACGUGUGAGUGUUUGGAUCUUAAAGGACUCUUCAUAACGAGCAACAGCUGACUCAAAGCUGCAGAUUUUCUAUGUGGAAUCCUGAUUAUUUGCAUAGCAUAGUUCGCGUCCACAACAUACAUUUGAUGUUAAUGUGCAAAUACUUGGUACUAUACAUAUAGGCUGUCAUAUAUCAGCAUUCACUUUCUGCAAUUUACUCACACACUCUCACACUCACACACACACACACACACACACACACACACACAAACGUGUUUAUAUACUGUAGAUGCCUUUAAAUUGCAAACCCUAAAGGACAAACAGAAAGUAGCCUAGGACACUAAGUAUGUAAUGCAGUAUUCGCUCCGUUGUGCUGGCUAUGUGAAAAUCCUGUCUACUACAUAUACUCUAUGUUGACGAGUCAUAAAAGAAAAGACUUCAUUUAACAUGACACAGAAUAUAGUUUAUCUAAACGGCAUACUGUAUCUGAGAAUGAAACUGAAACACAUGAGAUUGAUUGCAGAGAUUUUAAUGUUAAAAGAAUCUGAUGUUUACUCGCAUUAGAUAUUGUAAAUGUAUCGCUAAUGUAUUGCGAGAGAACAAAUGCACCUUAAUGUUUGCCAAUAUUCAGUUCAAACAGUGAGAAGAAGAGUAGAAUUAGAACUGAAGAUGGUUUCUGAAUUCCCCCACAUGCCCUGACUUCAGAUUUAAAUGAAUCACUGAAUUUUAUUCGAACAAUUGAACAUGUUUUUUUUUUUUUCUUUCGUGUGACGACUGACAUUUAAAUCCUCAAAGCACAUUCAAUGUUUGUUUACAAAGCAUCAUGGAUGUAUAUUUUGUAUAUUGUUGAUUUGCCAAAUCUGUUCUGUGUCACAGAUGUUGUUUAUAGUAGUGUGAGACUUUGCUCCCUUGCCACCAGGAUGUUUAAUAAGAACAUUUGUCUGUGCAGUAAUCAAUGUCUUUUCAUGUCAGGUUCUUCUUUGUCUGCUUGUCUUUUCAGUUUUUGUUUUUUUUCUUCCUCUGUGCAAAACUAGUCUUAGAUGAACUUGCUUAAAAAAUGGUUUGUCUUUUAGAAUAUGUGCAAUAAAAGUGUUUUCAGUUUUGUAUUUUGCCCAAGGAAAGCUCUAUGGAUGUCAUAGAUGUUGUAUAUUAAAACAGAUAUUUAUACUUCUAAUGUUGCGUAAUACUGAAAAUAAAAUGGAAUUAUAAAUGAA